AUGGCGUCUUCCGAUCUCCCCACUGCCGUCGAGGCUCUCACGCUGCAGACCACCUCCGAGACCUCCAAGUUCCCCAACUGCUUUCCCUCCUUGAACCCCGUCGAUAUCUACCGCGAGCACAUUGCGCAGAAACUGGGCGAGGCCACCGGCAUCGAUCAGGAGAAGAUCUACUCCCGUCUGCAGUGGACGAGUACGUUGGACAAGGGGGAUCUGGUCUUGCCUGUCGCCGCGCUGCAGAUCAAGAAGAAGCCCCAGGAGCUGUGCGAGGAGCUCGCCGCCAAGUUCCCCGAGUCCGACCUUGUCCUCCCCCCCAGCUGCUUCGGCGUUCAUCUGCAGUUCUUCUUCCGACCCGAACGCCUCACCCACACCGUCAUCCGUCGCAUCCUGAAGGAGAAGGCCGCGUUCGGUACCAAUGGCAACCUCGGCCUCAAGGACCCCUCGGACCCCUCCAAGGGUAGCAAGAAGAUGAUCGUCGAGUUCUCCUCGCCCAACAUCGCCAAGCCCUUCCACGCCGGACAUCUGCGGAGUACGAUCAUCGGUGGCUUCCUGGCCAACCUGCAUACCGUUAUGGGCUGGGACGUGAUCAAGAUGAACUACCUGGGUGACUGGGGCAAGCAGUACGGUCUGCUGGCCAAUGGGUUCAAGCGGUUCGGCAACGAGGAGGAGCUGCUGAAGAACCCUAUCGGCCACCUCUUCGACGUCUACGUCAAGAUCAACGCCAUCGUCUCGGAGCAGGACGCCCCGAUCAAGGCGCUGAAGGAGCAGAUCAAGGCCAAGAAGGAGAAGAAUGAGGACGCGUCGGAGCUGGAGAAGGAGCUGGCGCCGCUGGUGGAUGCCAGCGAGGACGAGGCUGCGCGCCGCUACUUCAAGAGCAUGGAAGACGGCGACGAGGCUGCCCUGGCCCUCUGGCGCCGCUUCCGUGACCUCAGUAUCAAGAAGUACCGCGAGACGUACGCCCGUCUUAACAUCGACUUUGACGUCUACUCCGGCGAGUCGCAGGUCAAGGACGAGAGCAUGAAGGCGGCCUACGACACCCUGGAGAAGUCCGGCGUCGCCGAGAAGUCGGACGGCGCUGUGAUCGUCGACUUCACCAAGCACGGCGCCAAGAAGCUCGGCAAGGCCAUCAUCGUCCGCAAGGACGGCACGCCCCUCUACCUGACCCGAGACAUCGGCGCCAUCACCGAGCGUGACGAGGCUUACCACUUCGACAAGAUGAUCUACGUUGUCGCGGCGCAGCAGGAUCUGCACCUGGCGCAGCUCUUCAAGAUCACGGAGCUGAUGGGUCACAAGGAGCUGGCCAACCGCUGCCAGCACAUCAACUUCGGUAUGGUGCGCGGCAUGAGCACCCGCAAGGGCACGGUCAAGUUCCUGGACGACGUGCUGCGCGAUGUGGCCGACAAGAUGCACGAGGUCAUGCAGAAGAACGAGGAGAAGUACAAGCAGAUCGAGGAUCCCAAGGCCACGGCCGACAUUCUGGGUAUCACCUCCGUCAUGGUUCAGGACAUGAGCGGCAAGCGGGUCAACGGCUACGACUUCAACCUGGAGGCGAUGACCUCCUUCGAGGGUGACACGGGCCCGUAUCUGCAGUACGCGCACGCACGUCUGUGCUCGAUCAUCCGCAAGGCCAACCUGGGCGCGGAGGACCUCGACUCGGCCAACCUGGACCUGCUGACGGAGACGCAGGCGCACGACCUGGUGCGUCUGUUGUCCUCGUGGCCGGAUGUGCUGGUCAACACGAUGCGCACUCUGGAGCCGACGACGAUCAUCACGUACCUGUUCCGGAUGACGCACAUCCUGAGCUCGGGCUACGACACGCUGCGGGUGGUAGGCAGCGAGCCCGAGGUGCUGAAGGCGCGGUUGGCGCUGUAUGCGUCGGCCCGACAGGUGCUGAACAACGGCAUGCGGGUGCUGGGCCUCAGCCCUGUGGAACGGAUGUAA